ACAUCUUGGGAGCGUCGUCGACGCCAGGCUCCAGUUAAAGAUCCUCUGGCUGUUGAACUUGGCAUUUCUCCCAACGACUGUCGAUGUCCCUUGAUUCACGCCAAAGAGUUUAUCAACGAGACACUCAACGAAGGUAUUAAGUUCAUGGUCAGUAUAAUCUAG